CAUAUAUAUUGUUGCUACCGCAUUUGCACUGUCCCAUACAAAUAGUGCAGCAGCAAACAUGCGAGGGCUAAUGCAGGAAUCGCCCCUAAAUGUUUGCCAAAUCCUUGACUAUGCGGCCAAAUGGCAUCCCGAGCAGACGGUGGUGUCGCGACAGGUCGAGGGCGGCAUCCUGGUCACAACCUAUUCUGAGUUGCACAAGCGGGCGCGUCUCUGCGCCAUGGCGCUUCAGGGACUUGGUGUACGGCAGGGCACAUUUGUGGCCACCCUCGCUUGGAACACGUCGCGGCACAUGGAGGCGUGGUACGGCAUCAUGGGGUGCGGCGCCAUCUGCCACACCCUGAACCUGCGGCUGAGUGUGAAGGACCUGGUGUACAUCGCCAAUGAUGCCCAGGACGAGGUGGUGCUGGCGGACGCGACCCUGGUGCCGCUGCUGGGCCAGGUGCUGGCGGGCUGCCCCAGCGUGAAGCACGUGGUGCUGCUCACGGACAGGCUAAACAUGCCCCCCACCGGCGGCCUGCCUCCGGGCGUGGGCGUGCACUGCUAUGAGGAGCUGCUGGGGGCGGCGGCGGCGGCGGGCGGCGGGGCGGCGCUGGCGGGGUUCAGGUGGACGCAGGUGGACGAGCACGACGCGUGCGGCAUGUGCUACACCUCCGGGACCACCGGCAACCCCAAGGGUGUGCUGUACUCGCACCGCUCCAACUACCUGCACGCCAUGCUGCUGGUGCAGGCCGACAGCCUGCCCCUGGCCGCGUCCAGCUGCUGCCUGGCUGUGGUGCCCAUGUUCCACGCCAACGUGUGGGGGCUGGUGUUCGCGGCGCCGCUGGUGGGGGCGCGGCUCGUGCUGCCGGGCCCCUACCUUGACGGCGCCUCCAUCUACGGCCUGAUGGAGGGCCACGGCGUGACCAUGUCGGCGGGGGUGCCCACCGUGUGGCUGGCGCUACUGCAGCACUGCGAGGAGCAGGGGCUGAGCUUCAGCAGCCUCAAAAUGGUGGCCAUCGGCGGCGCAGCGGCCCCACUGUCCAUGAUUGAGGCGUUUGAAGUAAAGCACGGUGUGGAGGUGCGGCACCUGUGGGGAAUGACGGAGCUGUCACCCCUGGGCACACUGGGGGACCCCAAGCCCGCAUCCCUGGGCGGCCGCACCCGCCCGCCCGGCGGCUUCCGGCAACUCCCCGCCGCCUCCGGAUCUGGAUCCAGCAGCUCCGGACCUGGAUCCGACGCCGCGUUCCGUCGCGCCUACCUGGGAUCCAAGCUGAAGCAGGGUCGGCCGCACGUGCUGUGCGACAUGCGCAUUGUGGACGACGGCGGGCGGGAGCUGCCGCACGACGGCCAGAGCGUGGGGCACCUGCAGGUCCGCGGCCCCGCCACUGUGGCCCGCUACUUCAAGGCGCCGCAGCCCGCCACGGACGCCGCCGGCUGGUUCCCCACCGGCGACGUGGCGUCCAUUGACGGCUGGGGCAAUAUGGCCAUCACGGACCGCUCCAAGGACGUCAUCAAGAGCGGUGGCGAGUGGAUUAGCAGCAUCGAGAUCGAGAACCUGGCCAUGGGCUACCCGGGCGUUGCGGAGGCGGCGGUGGUGGCGGUGCCGGACGAGCGCUGGGGCGAGCGGCCGCUGCUGGUGCUGGUGGCGCGGCCGGGCGUGGAGCCAGACGCGGAGCUGCGGGAGGGCGUGCUGGGGUACCUGGCUGACAGGCUGGCCAAGUUUGCUGUCCCGGACGAUGUGGUGUUUGUGCCCCAGAUCCCGCACAACGCCACGGGCAAGGUGUCCAAGCUGACGCUGAGGGACAUGUUCAAGCACCACAAGAGCGGCGGCGGCGGCGGCGGCGGCGGAGGCGGCGGUGGCCCGCGGUCCAAGCUGUGAGGAGGAGGAAGAGGAGGGCGUGGUGGAGAUGGGGUGAAAUGACACGAUGGGAGCUGUCUCGCCAGAUGGGAUGUAGACAGUCGUCAGGUGGUGGCGGGCAGGGUGCGUGUGAGGCGCGCUGACAGACGGCGGGCAGGAGGGGAAGCCAGCUCGGAGAGCUUCUAGAAUGGAUGGGGUGCGUGGCGGUGUGUGCACAGUAGGUCAGGCUAGGCAGCGACAGCAGCAUCGCUAGCAUAACGAUGGCACCGUACCGUGUUUGAGACAUACUUAUCUGCUCGACGUUAGUUCGGUCUUCGGGGCAAGCGCAUUGGCGCUGGGUGCGUAUGUAUGAUGUAUGGCCCCUCGUAUGGACCCUCUCGUAGCCCCUGUUGUCCCCUUGUGUGGUGUGUGUUCGAGCUUAAAGCGCGAGCUGAACCUCCUGAAACUUGUAGUUGGGCAAUAUGAGGAUUUGCUGGCUUGGUGGCGGCGAGUGAAAAGAGAAAGCCUCGGAUGUAUGCCCCCGGUCGGCUGGGCAGUGACAGUCCGCUGCCGUGGGUGGGCUGUGCGUCUGGUGCCUGGUGUAUGUGCGGGCACGGACAUUGUAUUGUUUCAUUUUGCCAUGAUUUUGGUUCACCUGUUGACGUAUUUAGAAGUCUUUUGGCACCCGCUUGACUUCAAUCGUUUGAUGCCCAGGUUACACGGUACGCAUGUGUAAAACUCAUGUGUGCGUCGAGCCAGUCUGAGUUGUAACGCCAUCAAAGC